UAUACAUUAGAAGUAUAUUAUAUAAAAUUCGAGUACCUAUCUAUAGGUAUCUUGUAAAACAUCGAUAAUAGAUAAUAGUUGUAAAAUAUGCACAGACCUAUGUAAAAAACAAUAGAGUAUUCUUGUUUUUUUUUUUUUUUUGCUUAUCGUUCAACAUCUGUUCUGUACAUAAAAAAGAACCUCUUUUAAAAAGUUUUAUGGCGCGAAUUUGUGGCAAAUAAUUCGUGAUGUGCAUGUGAAUAGGAAUAUUUUUACAGAAUGUUUAGCUAAUUAUAGCUAUUUUAGACGUGAAUUUAAUUAUUUAUUAAGUAGAUAGGUAUUUUCUUUUAAAUCAGUAUGAAUGUUAAUGUAGAUUAUGCUCAAUAUAUGAUCCAAAAACACCAAUUGGCAAUCGCACUAGCUGUUAUACAAACCAAACCAGAUGAUGUACCAUACGAAGUAUUCAUAGACAAUGUUAAAAACAAAAUCAAUGAAAGAAAUAAGGAUUCCCACCUUGAUAUCACGAUAUGUGAGGAAGAUUUUAACAUUAGUGAUGAUAUCAGACAAUGUGAUGAUCAGAUGACGAACGGUGAUGAUCACAUCAUGGAUAAUGAUCACACAAUUGGUGAUGAAUUAAACAAAAGUCAUGAUAGUGUCAAUAUACUUAAUAAUUUUGAGUUAACCGAUUUUGAUGAUCCUCCCAAGGAAAAUGGCGAUAUGAGUUCUUUAUUGGACUUUAUGACGGAAUUGACUAAUAUUGGAGAAAAGUCUGAGAUAAAUUCUAGUCAAUCGACAAAUUUUGAAGAAACACUCGAACCUGUGAACAUUGUCAGUACUAAAACAAAAGAAAUUGCUGAUAAUAACAGGGCUGCAUGUGAUACUUGUAUGGUAAAUGACCAUAAAAUUGGUAAUAAUACUGCAGAAGUUAUUAAUAAUACUAAUCAUACUAAUAAUAACGACAAUAUUACUAGUGAUAACAAACCUAACAAUACUACUGAUUUAAAUAAAAGUCUUAGUAAUGAAACUUACUGUGAAAGUAAUAAUUUAACUGAUAGAAAUAAAGAAAAUGGAAAUAACAAUAAUUUGAAUGUACAUAAACUGGUUAAAGAUAGUGUUAAUGAGAUGAAUAUAGGAAGCAAUAAUAUAGAUUCACAACAAACAAUUUUAUAUACAUUUCAAGGAUCCACUAAUAAUACACAUGUAAGCCAAAGUCAAGAAGAAAAUUUAGUAAUGGCAAAUAAGAAUUUGAUAAAUAAACCUAAGAUUGCAUCCAAUGACAAUUUAAGUAACCUAAAUGUUAAGGAAAGUACUCAAAACAAAAAAGAUGAGUUAAUAGAUACAAAUUUAAAUCAAAAUGCAAACAAUGUGGUCAAAAAUAUAUAUAGUGAACAAGAUUUUGAAAACUUCUAUGCCAAUAACAUUGAAAAACUUGAACAAAAUACAAAUAAAACCAACAGUAUGAACGUUAGUCAAGAUUAUGACCAUUUUGAUGAAAAUGAUGUUAGUAAAGUUACUAUAAUUGGUGAUAAAGAUGAACAAAGAAAACAUAAAAACGUAGAAAACAAUAGUGACAGUCAUAGGAAACGUUUAAAAGUUGAUGGGAAUGAAAACUUUACGAAAUUAGGUCCAAAUGCUAGUAAUAAAAAUUCUUUAGAAAUAAAUUUUGAUAAAAAUACAGGAGACGAUUUACUAAUUAACAGUCAAAAUAAUGAUAAAACCGAUUUUGAUACAACAGGUAACAGAAAUAAAGAACCAACUGUUAACAGAGGGAAAGAUAAUUUAACCCAAGAUUUCGAAUUUCUGAAUAGCCUUUCAGAUUUACCGGAUGUAAGUCAAAUUGCAUUGAAUUUUAAUACUGAUGACACAACCGAUUUUGAUGAAAAUGCUUCAGAUAACCUAUUUUCACCUCCAAGCUCUCAAGGUUUAAGGUCAAAUCUUUUUUGCAAUACAGCGUUUGAAUCUACACGAAAUGUAAGUGAUAGACACAAUAUGAAGCCUAACUUUAAUAAUACCCUUUUUAAUACAAUUGCAAAAGAAAUAAUUGGAAAAAGUAAUAUUAAAGGCAUAAAUAAAGAAAAUUCGAUAAAUUUGGACGAACCGGAAGACAUUGUUAUCGAAAAUAAAAGAAAAGAAUCUGUUUCAAAUACCAAUAACGGAAUGGAAUCGGUAAUUAAUUUAAAUCAUUUGUCUAAAGAUGAGACGCUAGAACUAAUUUCCAAAUUAAAAGAGAACCUACGGCUAAAACAAUGUAUUUCAAAUAAUCUACCUAAUAAUGAAACGAAAGAAGUUAUUUCUCAUCAAGAGAAAAUGAAAGAAUGCAUUUCAAAUAAUAAUACACAACUGGAUAUUGUAAGGCAGAAUGACUUGUCUGACAAUGAAACAGAUACUCAGUCAGAAAUAGUACCUUUUAAAGUUUUGGAAGACUUGAGUAGAAUUAAGUGUUACUUGAACAGAAAUGAUAGAAAAAGUGAAGGUAUUCAUAACUCUGUGGACUCAGGUUUCAAAAGUUCUCAAGCCAGAAGUUCUUACUUGAGUGCUUCCCAAUAUUCAGAGGUAUGGAAGAACGAAUCGGCACACUGUCUACUGAGUUUUGUGACAGACAGUCAGUUAUCAGCCAAGACUGCAGCCAUAGCUGACGAAAUAUCUACAAUUUUAGGUAAACUAGUGGACAAAUUGCAUGAAGAGGAAAAAUAUCCGAUAUUUUUGGAAGAAUUGCUGGAAAAAGUUAAUUCGUUGCUAAAUAACGUUUACGAAGGAAACAACGAAGAAUCUAAUGCAUUACUGAAAAGACAGGACGUCAUCUAUCGUCUCUUACUACUAAACAGAUCGAGUCACAUUAUAAAAUAUACGAUAGAAAAAAUUAUAACUAUACUAGAAAAAACUACAUCAGACAUUAAAGAAGACGUUUUCGAAUUAAAGCAUACAAACGAAGCCGAAAACAUAUGUUAUAUAUUUCAUAUAUUAGAAGUUUUACUAAAAAGAUUCAAAAAAUCGAACGAUUCGAGUCAAAUGAGCAUCCAAAAUACUCAGGAUGAUGACAGGAUAUUAAAGAAAAGUUCCUUAACGGAAAUCUGGAGGAAGACGUGGAAUUUGACUAAAAGUGAAGUAAUUGAGGGUAGUGCAAAGAAAGCGUGCGUCUUAACAAAAUGUGGUGAGGUUUUGAAUAAACUGAUAGUUCAAGCUAUGGACGGGUACAGUUUGGUGUCUUUUGCUGCUCUACAGUGUUUUAAUUUAUUGCAGAAAUAAAUUAAAUUUAUGUUUUAUUUAUUAAA